GAUUUGAGCUGAAGAGUAAUUCGCUCACGCUAUUAUCGGUGCUGCGAAGCCCGGACUUCUGCGGGGAAGGUUGAGCAAGUGAGCGACCAUGGAGGCAGAGAGGAACCAGAGGAUGCCGAAAGUGGCGAAGGUGAAGAACAAGACCCCGGCGGAGGUUCAGAUCACUGCGGAACAGCUCCUCCGAGAAGCUAAAGAGCGAGAGCUCGAAAUCGUCCCGCCCCCUCCAAAGCAGAAAAUCUCGGACCCUGAGGAACUAGCGGAGUACCGCUUGAAGAAGCGGAAAGGAUUCGAGGAUAAUAUACGGAAGAACAGGGGUGUCAUCGCAAACUGGCUCAAGUAUGCAUCGUGGGAAGAGAGCCAGAAAGAAAUCCAACGAGCACGCUCCGUGUAUGAGAGAGCUCUGGAUGUGGACUCGCGUAACGUGACGGUCUGGUUGAAGUACGCCGAAAUGGAAAUGAAAAAUAAACAGAUUAAUCACGCCAGGAAUAUUUGGGACCGGGCAGUUUCCAUCUUGCCUCGCGUUAACCAAUUCUGGUACAAAUAUACGUACAUGGAAGAGAUGGUCGGAAACAUCGCGGGAUGCAGACAGAUCUUCCAGAGAUGGAUGGAAUGGAAACCGGAGGAACAGGCUUGGCUGACUUACAUCAAAUUCGAGAUGCGAUAUAAAGAAGUCGAUCAAGCGAGGAACAUCUACGAGCAUUUCAUCCUCGUUCACGCUGAGGUGAAGAACUGGAUUCGAUACGCGAAAUUCGAGGAGCAAAACACGUCACCGGAAAAAGCUCGAACAAUUUUCGAGCGGGCCAUCGAGUUCUUCGGUGACGAAUACAUGAACGAGGAACUCUUUCUGGCAUUCGCAAAGUUCGAGGAAAAGCAACGAGAGCACGAUCGAGUUCGCGUCAUCUAUAAAUAUGCGUUGGAUCGACUGCCCAAAGACAACACUCAAAAUCUGUACAGAGCUCACUGCACGCACGAGAAGAAAUUCGGUAGCAAGGACGCAAUCGAAAACGUAAUCUUCAGCAAACGUAAAUUGCAGUACGAGCAAAAGAUCGAAGAGGAUCCUUUCGACUACGAUAAUUGGUUCGAUUAUUUACGGCUGCUGGAAGCUGAGGAGCAAUUGGAUCUUGACUUCAUACGCGACGUGUAUGAGCGGGCAAUCGCGAACAUUCCGCAGUUCAUCGAAAAAAGGCACUGGCGUCGUUACAUCUAUCUCUGGAUCUAUUACGCGAUCUUCGAAGAGCUCGUCGCCGAGGAUUUGGAGAGAACUAGAGCUGUCUACAAGGGUGCGCUCUCGAUCAUCCCGCACAAAGCCUUCACCUUCGCCAAAGUCUGGAUCAUGGCCGCUCAUUUUGAAGUGCGUCAGAAAGAUCUGCCGAAGGCCAGAAAACUGCUCGGUACUUCCAUAGGUCUCUGUCCGAAGCCGAAGCUUUUCCGCAGCUACAUCGAGCUCGAAAUCGAAGUCCGUGAGUUCGACAGAUGCCGUAUCUUAUACGAGAAGUUCAUUCUUUUCUCGCCGGAGAAGUCGACGACUUGGGUGAAGUUCGCCGAGCUCGAGUGCAUACUGGGUGAUAUCGAUCGUGCUCGAGCCAUCUAUGAAAUAGCCGUAAACCAACCCCAACUAGAUAUGCCCGAGGUCGUCUGGAAGGGCUAUAUAGACUUUGAGAUGGAGCAGAGGAACUUCGACGCUACGCGAGAUCUUUACGAACGACUGCUCGAUCGAACCUCUCACGUCAAGGUCUGGGUGAGUUAUGGUCGCUUUGCGGGAAGCCACUUCGACCACGACAGCGCACGUAAAGUAUUCGAGAGAGCAGAGAAGACCCUCCGAGAACAGACGAAGGAGGAACGAUGCGUACUCAUCGAGGCUUGGUAUCAAUAUGAACAGCAAGUUGGCGACGCUGAAUGGAUAGCCAAGGUGAAGAAGAUGCUGCCGCAGAAGGUCAAGAAGAGGCGAAGAAUCAUCAAUGAGGACGGUAGCGAUGGAGGAUGGGAGGAAUACUACGACUACGUGUUCGAGACGGACGAAGAAGCACGUCCUCAUCUGAAGCUCCUCGAGAGAGCUCGAGCUUGGAAGAAACAAGAAACCGGCCAAGCGGAAUGA